AAAACAAUAAUAAUACAUUUCAUUUUUAUAUCUACACAAAAAGUAUGAUACAAUAUAUUAUUAUAACCUAUUUAAUAUUCUUUGUGCUACUUGUUUUAUAGGUAAUUUAUCUAAACCACAUUCUCUCUACAGAAAUAGAUUUCGGAACUUAUAUCUGAUGCUAAAUAAUCUAGAGGAGAAAUUAUUACAUGAAGAUUAUGACUAUGUUAUUAAUAUGUUAAAUAUAUAUCAAGAAACAGAUGAUAAUCAAUCAUUAUAUUCUCGUUGCUGUUUUCGAAUAUUCUGUGCGGAAAUAAAGCAUUCAGAAUAUCAUAUAUCUAAGAUUAUUAAACGUGCAGUCCAAACAGGUGCAAUCAAUGUCGUAUGUAAAAUAUUACUGGAUGUUGCCAUAUAUAUUUUAACGAGAUUAGUUGUAGAUGAAAUUUGGAUACAAGCAUAUAAAUUACUAAAAACCUUACAAAUAUGUAAUGUACAUUAUGAUGCUGCUUUUGUUAUCUUGUCAGCUGAAAUUUAUUUAGCAAAUAAUCAAGCUAUUACAGCAUUCAUGUUACUUAAGCGUAAGUUUAUAAUUAGUUAUAAAAAUUCAAAUAUUAAAUAGUCAAUUUAAUUAUGUGUUGAGCCUGAUGCAACAAAUCAAAUAAAAAUACUAUCUAUAAUUGAAAAAGUUUACCAUUAUAUAAAAUAUAUAAUAUUAUAUA